UCAAAACAGCAAAACAACCUCUCACCCUCUCAAACACGCGCAAAUCGACGAAUCGACCUUGAUAUUUGUAUAAUAAGAAUCUGAAAAACACAACAAUAUGGAGUUCGGCAACUCAGGAAUGCUGAAUGAGGAUGGCAUCCAUGUCGACAUGGACAGGCUCAAGAAGGGCGAGGUGAACUUAGGAACGUCAAUCAUGGCAAUCAACUUCAAAGACGGCGUCAUAUUAGGCGCGGACAGCAGAACCACAACCGGCGCCUACAUCGCCAACCGCGUGACGGACAAGCUGACGCAGGUGCACGACACGAUCUGGUGCUGCCGAUCCGGCUCAGCGGCCGACACGCAGGCUGUCGCGGAUAUCGUACACUACCAGCUGGGGAUGUACGGGAUCCAGAACGGGGCGCCGCCGACGACGCAGGUGGCCGCGGCGAUGUUCCAGGAGCUGUGCUACAACAAUAAGGACAGGUUGAGUGCUGGACUGAUUAUCGCUGGCUGGGACGAGCGCCACGGCGGGCAGGUGUACUCGAUCCCCCUCGGCGGAUCGCUGCACAAGCAGUCGUACGCGAUCGGCGGCUCGGGGUCGACGUACAUCUACGGAUACUGUGACGCGAACUGGCAGGAGGGCUUUGAGGAGGCGGAGGCUGUUGACUUCGUCAAGGGCGCGCUGACCGAGGCGAUCAAGUGGGAUGGCAGCUCGGGAGGCGUGAUCCGCAUGGUGGUGCUGACGAAGAAGGGAGCCGUGAGACACUUGUACCUGCCGGAUAAUGGGUAUAAGGUUAAUGUAGCCUGAGUCGAGCCCAGCGAUGGAGGGCGCGGCGUGGCGGAAGACCGGAAGUACCCCGGGGGG